GCGCCGGCAGCAGGUGGCUCCGCACCGGCGGCUCCGCACAGGCGCCGCGCUCCCGGCCCGCACCGCCCCGCGCCGCCUCGCCGCGGCCCCCGCCGCAGCCAAGACGCCGCGGGCCGUGCUCCGCGUGAAGAAUGGGGCGGCGAAGCUGGCCAAGCCGCCGGCGGCGGCGGCGGAGGCCCCCGGCAGCGCCCCCGGGCCCGGGCUCUUCAUGGAGCGGUCGCAGAGCCGCCUCAGCCUCUCCGCCUCCUUCGAGGCCCUGGCCAUCUACUUCCCCUGCAUGAACAGCUUCGACGAGGAGGACGCGGAUGGGGAUGGUCGGAGACUCAAAGGAGCCAUCCAAAGGAGCACAGAAACUGGACUAGCUGUUGAGAUGCCCAGCCGGACUGUCCGUCAAGCUAGCCAUGAAUCCAUUGAGGACAGCAUGAACAGCUACGGAUCAGAGGGAAACUUGAAUUUCAGUGGAGUCCAUCUGGCAUCUGCUGGGCAGUUUAGCGACUUCCUGGGGAGCAUGGGCCCUGCACAAUUUGUUGGGCGUCAGACCUUGGCCACCACCUCGAUGGGGGAUGUGGAAAUUGGCUUACAAGAGCGAAAUGGGCAGCUAGAAGUGGAUAUCAUUCAGGCCCGAGGACUGACGCCAAAACCCGGCUCCAAAACACUGCCAGCUGCUUACAUCAAAGCUUACCUGCUAGAGAAUGGCGUGUGCAUUGCGAAAAAGAAGACAAAAGUGGCUCGCAAAUCACUAGACCCUUUGUACAAUCAGGUGUUACUCUUUGCUGAGAGCCCCCAGGGCAAAGUAUUACAGGUGAUAGUCUGGGGAAACUACGGACGCAUGGAGCGCAAGCACUUCAUGGGAGUCGCCAGGGUGCUCCUGGAAGAACUGGAUUUGUCAACUUUAGCAAUUGGCUGGUACAAGCUCUUCCCAACCUCCUCGAUGGUGGAUCCCACUACAGGCCCGCUCCUGCGUCAGUCCUCACAGCUUUCCUUGGAGAGCACGGUGGGACCCUGCUGUGACAGGUCUUAGUGAGUAAGGAAGGGGGAACUGCUUUUGUUUUUUAAACAUGCUGUCAAGGUUUUGUUUGCUGGAACUCUGACCUCAAGCGCAAUGCAUGUUCAAUCAGUUCUUGUGGAGCUGGAAGAGGAGGAUAAACCAGUGACCUUAGACAGAAGACAAGGGGGAGGGCGCUGUACCCUCUCCAUCCGAGGAGGAGGUGCCGUGGGGCAUGAGUCCUAGUUGUCAAAUUAGACGUACACCUCUUGUUUCACUUCUCUCACUGUCAUUCUCGGAUCCUUGUUUCAGAUCAGUAUUAAUCUUGGAAAGUUGCAGCAUUUUGAAGGAUUUGGGGGGGGUAAGGAAGGUAUUUUUUCUUAACUUUGUAUCUUACAAGUUUCUAAUGCAGAUUCCUUCUGGUAGCACUUGAAAAAUUCAGACGCCAAUGUCUGACCUAAAAAGAACAGGAGCGGAAAGCUUAAGAGAAAGCCUAAUGUUUUUAUAAGAUCUUUGUUCUUGAAAGAAAAAAAGAAAAAGAAAGAAACCUGCAACUCUUUCUCUAGUAUAAAUCCACACCACUGAAUCAUGUUAACUGUAAAACUGUUGUUGCUGUGUUUUCAAACUGUGCCAAAUUACCAGCAAGUGUCUUUACUGCAUUACUUGUCUAACACUGCUGAUGAAGCAUACUUGGUGGGAGAAUAAGUAGAGCCUACUUAGACCAGGCAGUUUGAGCAGAGUUUGAGUUUAGCAGGCUAAUUAGCUGCAAUCUUACUCAGAAAAAAAAUACUAGAAGUGGGAGUUGAACAUCAGAUUUGCAGUUUGAGAUGAGAUUUAUAUUGUCAGAUACAACGUUCUGCGAUUUACUGACUCCCUUUCUUGUCGCUGUGCAUCCUUCAGUCGCGAUGUCUUUAUCUCCUGCUUUUCAUCCAUCUCCUUUGUACCGGUACAUAUCUUCUGGAGAUGCUGCCCUUCCUGUUGUGCUAUGGACUGAAACGGGACUGUUGUACUCUGCUAGGAAGGGAGAUUGAGAUUUCUGGGGGUGCAGGAGAGAGAAACCUCUGUUUUUCAUCUGACAAGAGGGUGCUGGAGAGCAUAUAACCUUCCUUGCGGAAAGCAAAGGAGGUUGCUUUAGUUCUCAGUAGUACCAGCAUUGUCAAGUGUCCUGAAAGAGGAGAAGCUAUCCCCAAAGUAUGGCGUGGUAGUGGUUGAGGAAUCAGAAGACACGAUGGUCACAGCAUGUAUAUUUUAUUAAUUUAAGUGCAACACUAACUGUAAACAAGUCGUGUCUAUUAACCCAGUAAAGCACGUUCUCUGAGCUGCCAGGCUGUGGCGGCUGUUGUCAACAGAGUCACGUGCUGAAUUCUUCAAACGGUUAAAACCUUUUGGUUGAAAACACUUAUUAUCCAAAAUAAUGGUGAAUCUUCAAAGAUUCCCUGUCGAUAGGCCUUUUCUGCUAGAUUUUGUCAUAAUUUUUAAUGAGGAUUCAAUAGCUGCUGUCUCAAAAUAGGCUUUUGGGGAUGUUUUACUUAGUGAUUUAAAAGUCAAGGUCCAAUGUCGCAUUUAGGAGUUAGCAGAUUCUUGACCUAUCAUUGAGGUAUACCAAACACUUGUUUCUGCGUGUGGACCUCAGCUUUGUUAGAAUAAAAGCAUGAGUGUGAGUGGAUGGUAGAAGUUGCUUUUGGUCCUAGCUUGUCUAUGCCAUCUUAAAUUAUUCUGAGAUAAAUUACAGGAUAGAUACAAAUAUAAUAGGCCUUAUAAUAGUCUCUGUAAAAAAUGGUCUAAUAUAAAGGGGAGGAAGGGAGGAAAAGGGACAUAGAAUGAAGAUUUUUUAGAGUCUUAAAUGGCAAAAGCUUCAACAUUUCAGUUAAAUCUCUUAAUUUCCUUGAUCAAAUAUGUCUCUGGCCUCUCACUAAUUAUUUUUUCUAAUCGUAUUAGACAGUUUCUAUAUAUUAACUGAAGAAAGUUUGUUGCAUGCUGGUCAAACUAUGUUGUGGCUCUUUUUUCUUUAAAGAAAAGCACAUUUACUGUAAUUCAAGUCAGCAUCUUUUCCUCUUGGUAUGUAGUGAGUACUAGGCAAUAUUGUACAAUACGUGUAUGAACUAGAAUAGAUUAGGUAGAUUUAGUGGUUUGUAGCACUGGAUCUUUUAAUAACUAUGUCUUUAAAAGGACUGUGGGGAACUACAGAUACAUUCCAAACCUGGUAACUGAGUAACAGGGGUUCUGUCUUAAGUUAUGUUAAAACUUUAUAUUGGUAUUUUGUUUGGAUGUUAUCUACCUAUAAUAUCUAGUUAAUCAUGUUUUUCCUAUGUCCAAUAAUACGAAUACAACAUUUUUACAGUCUUUAAUGGGGAGGAGGAGACUAUACAUGCCAAAAAAAUUCCCCCAGAAAACUUCCUUUCAUGACUAUUGAAAAGCUAAGUUCCUCUAUGCCUGGCAAAUGUAGUGUAUCUUUUUGCGUCCUACCCCUCCAAAAUCUCUGCAAGCUUGAACAUGAUCGGUUUAGUUCAAAUAAGACUAUUUAACAUUGAGGACUAUCUUCUGUAUGUUUUUAGUCCCACUCAAAGGUCAUUGUCAGGUUAAAAAAGGUUAUGCUGCUACUUGGGUUGUUUUCAAGUUCUGGAAUUUGGAGGCAGUUUUGACAGUCUGCUCUUGUGCUGUUUUCUUCUGCCUUUUUUGCCUGGUGGUUGUAGCCCAGUGAUUGGCACUUUUGGUUCUAGUCAUCCCCGUGUCCUGUUUUUCUGCAGUAAGUGCACGUUGCAACCUCUGGGUACCAUGCGGAGCAAAGUCGCUCACACUGGCAAGCCUGGGUGAUGGUCCUUCACGAACCAGGAGCGCUGCGCGGUGUGAGGCCAGUGACGUUUCACUAUAUUGUCCGGUCUAAAUUCUUACUUCAUUCGUUCCCAUGAUUCCUGCACCAACCGUGGCAAAUUAUAGUUAAAAAAAAAAAAAAAAAAGGAGGAAGUCUUCUAGCUCUCCAUCAGUUUAAAGACUCCCAGGUAGCAUCCAAGGCAGGUCUCAGGCUUGGAAAAGCUUCUAUUUGUAAAAUCUAACCUUUUUUUCAUAAAUUUGACUUGCCAGUUUCUGUCUAAGGUGAUCUGAUGAUUAUUUUGAUUGCCAGCGUGGUCGUGUAAAAAGUAGCAUUUGCUAAGUGAUGAGCAGCUGAAAACUAAACUUUGGUCCCCUUUAGAAGUCCCGAGUUUUUUCUUGCGUCUGAACCUAGCUGUUAUUUAUAAUCAGGGAGGGGGAGAGAGAGGCAGAGCAGGAGACUUAAAAAAAGAACAUGGCAAUAUAUUUGGUCUGUGAGUGAUGAUGAGGAAUGAGGCUGAGGACAGAUGAACAUCUGCCCGGCUCAGGGUGGAUUCCCUCUUCUCUGUGCAUGAAAUACUACACUUUAGUAGCGGUGGGAGGAUUGCUUGCAGAAGAAAUGGAGAGCUGGGCCUUAAAUGUUCAUUACUGUGCUGCGGAAAGCGAGGCAGUCCUGCUGCUGCGUCACCGCGAGCAGGACGGUCCCUCCCCGGUGGGAUUUGCGGGCACGCAAGGAGAGCAGAAAACCUUCGGGCGAAAACGCGCUGCUUUCCCAGUCUCCUGGUGCUGCUUCCCCUUGGCCCCGUCGCAGCUGGGCGGCCGCAGAGACAGCGCGAGGUCCUCGUCCCGCGGCCGCUCCUGGAGCCCGGGGCAGCCCCUCCGCUCUGCUGCCGCGAGUUAGCCGAGCGCAUCCCCACUUCUUGGCCGUGGAUUGUUUCCCAGAAUAUUGCAGAGUUAUUUGUGUAGCGAUAUAUAUUUAAUGUUUCUAGCUACUGGAUCCUUUAUCAACGUACUGUUCUAAAUUUGCAGGUCUUCUGGAGUCAGAAUAUCACAAGUUCCUGUGCAGGAGCUAUUUUUAAGAUGUUGAGGCAGUUAACAGAAUCUCAACCUAAGCAUGUUUAGUAAUGUCUAGACAGCAAGACAACUUUUUUAUGAAACUCAUUUUAAGUUAGUUUAUUACAUGCUGUUAGUAAUAUUUUAAAACGGGAAAAAUAUUUUUCUUUAAAGACAAAAUGAUGUAUGUUUUUUAACAGAUAACAUAAUUUAGUGUUUUCAAAAAUGUUUAAUGUUCUUGGUAUGAAGUUUACUCAUUCUUUUCAUUUAUAUGUUCCUUGUUAUAUUUUAUCAACUUUUUUCCAAAAGAAAAGAGGCAUAUGUAAAUAAACACCAGAAAAGAGUCCUAUAGGAAGCUCUGUUCAAACUGACCAUAAAAUUAUUAAUAAAUAUUUGUUAUUGUUCAUUGAAUCUCAGCUACUAAUCAAGCCUUUGUUGAAAAAAAUUGAUGUUGUAUUUUCAAGAUGAAAACUACUUAGCUAGUUUUGUCAUAAUCCUGUACUCUGUAUAAAAAUCUUUUUAUAAAGAAAGUCUAAUAGGCUAACAAGCAAUAAUAUAUUCCAUUUGGUGUGCACAGAUUGUGACUUGCAGGCUGUAGUACAUAUUGUUGAUACAGUUUAUAAUUGUCUUUAAUCUCAAUGACAUCACUUUUGAAACAGAUCCAUAUUAACUUUGAAAUGAUUGUAAAAAUGGAGAUUGGGCUGUCGCCGUGUAAGAAAUACUCAUCAUAUAAGCUUCUUCUCUGUGAGCAUUGAUGCCCAUUGACAUGAAACCUCUCUUAGGUGAAGAAUGAAACAGCUGUAGGUGACUUCAUACUACAGAGUUAAAAUAGUUUCGAUAUAAACUUCAUGACUGUUUCAAUCUCCCUGUUUUUCUUAGGCUAUUUAGUAUUUGUAACUCAAUGCGAAUGUUUCCCACUGCCACUGUAGCCCUGAUAAAGCAAAAAAGCCUUUGCAUUGUGGGGCUGCACGAGUUCUGCCUGAUCGCUGCCUGUGUUCCUCAGGAGACCAGGGGCAAGCUAAAGGGCAUUUUUUCAGAGCCAGCAGGUUGAGCUGCUCGUCUCAAGGCUUUGUGGGUUAUUUUGUCCACUUCGUGGAUGGUAUUUAUCCAUUUCAUUGGAAAAUUCCACCCAAGGUAGAGCGAGAACGCACCUUCGCAAAGUAUAACGUGGGACUAAUGUGUAAAACAGGCUGUUCUGGACCAUCCGUCAGAAAGUUAGUUAAUGCUGGCCUCAUCUAAAGACUUUUCCAAAACGGCAGGAUCAAGAUACCAGAUUUUAAGUCAGCUCCAUCAUUAAUGCAGUACAUAAAAAUAAAACAGCUUCAGAACAGCAUCCCAGUUCAUUGCCUGUGGAUUUCUCAUACUGUUUCCCAUGGUUGGCUCUCAAGACUGCCAGUCUGCUGGCCAUGCAGACAGUGGAGUCACUGGCCAAGCGCUGACAGAAGCCCAGAUGAACAGUGAAACAAUAACUCAUGGUUGUUUGUGAAAUGCUUUGAGAAUAAAAAGAGCUAUGUAAAUGCAAAGUGCUGUUGGUAUAUAAUUCCAGGAAAACACAUUAUAGCAUCUUUAAUAAUGCAAAGGGACAUAUUUAGAUCUGGAGUGAGCAUCUAAAAUGAAAUUGCAGCUACUGAGUUUGAGCCAAAUAUUUGGAAAGGGAGAAUUAGUGAAACUCUUUUCAUAGUUACCCUUGUGCACACCUGCCAAUGUGUACAUUUUUGUGGGUGUCCACAUGUGUGUGCCUGUAUGACUAUAUAGGGGCACCCACCACAAAAUACUGCUUUGGAAAAUGCCAGGUUUCCUUAGGGAGGUGAAAUCCCCCCUGAAAGGGUUGCUUGCUUGUGCAGGCAGUGCCUCAUUCCCUUGUACAAGCACUUUGCCCGCUGAAGACCGCCAGCCGGGACGGCCACUGCCUAUGGGACGCUUUUGAACCGUGGCACGGCAAAGCGACCCCAUGCUGCCCUCGGGGCACCGGUCCCACGACACCGGGCUGGUGCAGCGCCGUUACCCGCGGCGCCCGGCGUGCCUCCGGCAGUCUGCCUGGCUGCUGAACGCUUCCCAGCAUCGCACGUUGCAGUGGGGCUGCCAGUGAGACAAGUCCCAGGAGAGUUUGCAGGUACUCUCAGAAUGGGGCUAAUGAGUCUUAAACUUGCACUGGCCAGAGUCCUCUCCACUCAGGGACCUGUGUCAGAGGCAGCUGCAGUUCCUCCCCAGCCCCAGCUGCUCCCCGGAGCGGCAGCAUUGGCCUCUUUCCCGGGGAGCCUCGAGCAGUUCCCAUAGCGUAGGCGCCCUCCUGCCCGCCCGCCCUCCCUCCGCGGCCGUGGCUGGCUGCCUGGCGGAGGGGGCACCCCCAGGAGAGGUUCUCGUAGCAUUUGGUUCUUUGCACUUUAGCAGCUGAAGCUGAGACGGAGCCAGCACCACCCUUUAUAGAGCACCAGCAGAGAGAGGCGCAGACCCGACGGUUAUCCUUUCGUGGCUUCCCUGCAGCUGAAACGGCAGCCGAAGCUGCUGGCCGCCGCUCUGCCGGGUCAGUACGCAGCCCCUGCCGUUGCGCUGCAUGCCGGGCAUCUCGUGUGGCCUUGGGACACCUUUGCUUGGGAAGCAGAGGGCUUGCGCGUGGGCAGCGAGGACCUGCGGGCCCGAGGCAGGAAUCAAGGCACCUUGUUUGCCGAAGCCAAGCCCAUGGGCUUUCCAGGGGCCAGGGGGUUGAGUUGCUUAGGCACGGCAAAAUCCGAGCGCUGCCCAGUGGGGGCUCCAAAUCCCACUGAACCCCAGCCUGGAUCUUCAAAAUCUUGCAGCAGUUCCCCCCCGGGCUGUGAUUCUUUACCCAGUGCUGCUCACUGGUCUCUGCUUUGAUGACUCCGUCUCCUGGACCUGGAGUCUUUUUGGCGAUACUUUGAGGAAGGAAGAAGAGUGAGUUUUGGAGGGUGAAUAAAAGCCCAGGAGUGUGGACAUGUCUGUCCCGUCAGCCAGGGGCAGGUGUCCCGUGGAGCCACUUUUUGCUUCUCAUGUCAGAGGGGAAGCCCUGGGGACCGCGCGGUCGUGCCGCUGCACCCCGUGGGGUGGCCCUCCUCCUCCCCGGGCAGGGUGGAGAGCGGGGCCACCCCGCCGCCGGGGCGAGGGCGGCAGCCAGGUCCCCACCGCACGCGGAGAGGCCGUCUUGGGGGUGCGGCGCCUCGCUCUGCGGCCCCCCAGCACAGCACUGCCAUGGUCUGCCACGUGCUUAGCAUGCACGUGGCCUGGCCACGUUUCGUGGCAGCCCUGAACUCAGAUUAGUGGGGGUCCGUCCGUUCCUGUCACCACUAGGGACCGAGGAGUCUUCUGCAAGGCCUUGGCAGCCUGCACAGGCUUGCACCCCAUCCAGGUGGUCAGGAGAUGGAGCCGGGGCAGGGAGGAGCGCGAGCCCUCUGUGAGCCUGGCACCAGAUUCCCUUCGCUUUCCUCUGUGUCCGCUCUCCUAAAUGGCUUUUCCCUUCUCUCUUGAUACGAGGCCUUAUUCCAAGCCGAGGCGCCGGAGGCUGCCACAGCACCUCCGUCCCCGCUGCCGCGGGCACCCGGGCCGGGCCGCAGAGCCGGCCUCUGCGCCGGGCCGAGCCGCCGUCCCACACGCACGGUAGGGAAAUCCGCUCUCCUGCGGUUUAGCCUCCUUUUUACUUUACCAGCCGCUCCACGAAGACGUGUGGCUUUGCAGGGGCACCGCGUGGUUCCUACCUCUCCUCUUGCCUUGCCGCAGGGGCGGGUGCACCCGAUCUGCUAAUUUGGGCUUCUGCAACCUUCUGCGCAGCCUCUGGGGGUUUUCACCCGAGGUGACGAGCUCUGCGGCCGUGGGGCGUGAGGGGACACAGGCAAUGGAGCGGGGCAGGCGCUGGGCGCCGCGAGGUGCGUGGGCUGCCUUGGGUGGAAGCUGCGGCGGCGGCACGUGCCGCUGGCCGUGCAUCCCGCUGCCUGCGCGGCUCCGGCUAGGAGAGGGUUCGGCUGUACUUUUUUUCCUGUCUGUAGGUUUUAUUGAGACGAUAUGUAACGAUCGAGUGAUUGACGAUUCAGUGUUAAGCUAAUGAAAACGUUGAUAAUGGUGAUAAUAAAAACGUUUUUUUUCCUACA